CGAUACACAUGCUCAAAAAUUAAAAAUUUAGUUUUAAGCGGUUUUAUUAACUAAACGUUUUCAUUAAGAUUAAAAAUUAUUUUCAAAAUAUUUUAUCAAUUCCUUCGUUCCACUUUUUCUAUAAACAUAAUGGGACGGAGAAAUAAUCGGUUUAGAAAGAAUCAUCACUUUAAUCAUGGUAAAAAGGGAGAAGACUCCAAUAAACAGACCCAUGUAGAUACUCGCAAACCCUACAAUGACAUUAUAAGAGAAAAUGAAAAGUUUUGUCAGUAUUAUAAGAGAGUUGGGGUUUGUAAAGAAAAUGAAUUUGAUCAGUUUAUUUCCUGUUUAAAAACUGACCUACCAGCCACCUUUAGAAUAACAGGCUCAAAGGGUGUUGCAAAUAAGCUACUAGGAAUUGUAGAAGAACAACUAAUAAAAGAUUGUGUUAAUCAAGUAGAUGGGACUGAACAACCAAGUAUUUUUCCUAUUCCCUGGUAUCCUAAUAAGCUGGCAUGGCAGAUGGAAUUGACGAGAAAAGAUAUUAGAAGAUGCGAAGCCUACUACAAGCUUCAUAAUUUCUUAAUAUCAGAAACUGAAAAUGGUACUAUUUCCAGACAAGAAACUGUUAGCAUGAUACCCCCACUGGUUUUAGAUGUACAACCUCAUCACAAGGUAUUGGACAUGUGUGCUGCUCCAGGAUCAAAGACAGCUCAAUUAUUAGAACUUCUCCAUGCCAAUGAAGAUCCAAUACCGUCUGGAUAUGUUAUUGCUAAUGACAUUGACAACAAACGUUGUUAUAUGUUAGUUCAUCAAGCCAAACGCUUGAAUUCUCCAUGUGUAGCUGUUAUAAAUCAUGACAGCGCUAUUUUGCCUAAUUUAAAUACAACUGCAGCUGAUGGAUCUGUGGAACAGGUUCAAUUUGACAGAAUUUUAUGUGACGUACCAUGUUCUGGUGAUGGAACAUUGAGAAAAAACCCCGAUAUAUGGAUGAAGUGGACUGCAGCAAAUGGUUUAAACUUGCACGGGGUGCAAACCAGAAUACUAAGAAGAGGAGUUGAGUUACUGAACGUCGGUGGAAAACUUGUGUACUCAACUUGUUCGAUAAAUCCUAUUGAAAAUGAAUCAGUCAUUCACAGACUAUUGGCCGAGCACGAAGGAGUUUUAGAGUUGGUAGACGUAUCGGAAGUUUUGCCAGGCUUAAAAUAUUCACCAGGCAUGGAAGACUGGUUAGUGUCGAGUAGAAACUUGGAAUUUUACGAAACGUUUGAAGACGUUGAUGAAAAAUGGAAGACAACAAUCAGACCUCAGAUGUUUCCUCCGAAAGCCGAAGAUAGGGAAAAAUUUAAACUAAAUAGAUGCAUAAGAAUUUUACCCCAUCAACAAAAUACCGGUGCGUUUUUUGUAGCCGUCUUACGAAAACUUAAACCGUUAACUGCGAAGGACAAAUCAACAGUACGAGAACAAGACGAUCAGGACUUUCAGGAGUCUAAAAAACGGGAAAAUGAAGAUAACCUGCCACAUAAUCAGAGAAAAAAGCGCAAAAAGGAUGUAUAUAAAGAGGAUCCUUUUGUCUUUUUCAACGAUGAUGAGCCUGUGUGGAAUGACAUUAAAAGUUUUUACCAAGUUUCAGAUAAAUUCGACUCCAAGUGCCUACUAACAAGAUGUCAUGUUGGCAAAAAGAAGAACAUAUACCUUACAUCUGAUGCUGUCAGAAAUUUGGUAAUAUCCAAUCAAGGAAUUGUUAAAUUCAUCAACACGGGCAUUAAAGCUUUUGUGCGUUGUGAUAACAAAAAUAUGAAAUGUGCAUUUAGAAUAGCUAAUGAUGGUCUUGAAAGCAUAUAUCCUUAUAUCGGAGAUGAUAGAAAAGUGUACAUUCCUAAAGACGAUCUGAUAACUCUUCUAAUGAAUGAUACUCCACAGAAAUCACCGCCGAUUGCAGAUCUAUCUGAGCAGAUUAGAAAUCAGGUAGAGAAUUUAAGUCCAGGUAGUUGUGUUCUAAUUUAUAAAGAAGAAACAAAAGACAACGAAGAUCCUCUGGUGAUACACAUAAGCGGUUGGAGGGGAACUACGUCAUUAAGAUGUUAUAUGGAUCGCCAUAAUACGGUCCACUUAUUAAGAUUGUUAGGAGGAGAUAUUUCAAAAUACGAUGUUAAUAAGUUUAAAAAACCUGGUGAAGAAGAUACAGUGAAUGGAAACGAGGAUGAAAAUGUAGUUAGUACAACAGAAAUUGUACAGUAGAUGUUAAUGAAUUACAAUGUAUUUUUAAAUAAAAUUUUUAUUCAGUUUU